GGGUGGGGUAGGUAGGGCAGCGCGGUGGCGACGGGGUAGCUGUGCUGGGGUACGGGGAUCAGGUGGGAUGAGCGUCAGUGCUCGGCCCAGCCCCGCUCCCUUCGUAGUGGCUGCUCCUCCUUCCGCUGCCCUCCGCUGCCGCCCAGGAUACCCUGAGAAGCAGAAGGGUUCAGGGAUUGAAAAGGUCAUUCGUGCUACGGCGGCCCUCCUCCUCCCGCAGCUACCGUUGACCUCUACGGCGGGUGAGGGGAGCGGCGCAGCCCCGUUCUUGCUACCGGCCGUCCCUCUUCACCGGCGAGAGAAGGAAGAGGCUGGGUCGCUUUCUCUGCCCCCUCUCCGCCCCCAUUCCGCUCCCUCAAGGGCGUGGGAAUCCUGUUAGGGAAGGAGCACUCUCCUGCGCGCCCCUCGCCGUUCCCUUGCCUAACGAGCAGGUGCAGACAGCUCCUUGGCCAGUGGCUUCCCCUGGACCUGCCUUUGGGGUGGAGAGGCCUGAGGGAAGAGAGCACCUUGCCUGCUGCCUACCCCGGCUAGGUUGCCGAGGAGGUCUGUGGCUAGUACGGCUGAAAAGAAGUUAAUCCAUUUGUGUGGGCUUAUUGGCAAUGACAAGGACAAGCAACCGGCGCCCUUCUGCGCAAACCAUGCAGGAUGAUUUACUGAUGGACAAAAGCAAAGCCCAGCCCCAGCAGCAACGGCAGCAACAGCAGCAGCAAGAUCCAAACUCAGCAGAAGCCCCCUCUACACCCAUCUCGUCGGAGACACCCAAACCAGAAGACAGCAGUUCAGUGACUAGUAUCGGCACAUCGGCUCCUUCCCAAAAUAGCAAAGAGAAGAUGCAGAUGGAGUCUCCCAUUUUGCCUGGUUUGAGCUUUCACCAGCCUCAACAAGAACCUGCAGCCGGCACCUCCUUGUCUCCCUCCUUCGGCAGCACCUGGUCUACAGGGACCACAAACACGGUGGAUGAUAGCUUUUUCCAAGGGAUUACUCCAGUCAAUGGGACAAUGCUUUUCCAGAAUUUUCCACAUCAUGUCAAUCCUGUAUUUGGUGGCACUUUCUCCCCUCAGAUUGGCCUAGCUCAGACUCAACACCACCAACAUCAGCAGCAGCAGCAGCAACAAGCUCAGCAGCAACAGCAGCAGCAGCGGAGGUCACCUGUAAGCCCUAAUCAGGCACCUUUUGCCCAGAGAAAUGCUGCUUACAGCCAUCAGCCCAUCAUGACCAGCAAGCCGUCUUCCUCCUCUGCCUCUUCUUCUUCCUCCUCCAGCUGGAAUAACCAUCAGAAUGCAGCUUGGAGUACACCUUCCAACCCUUGGGGUGGGCUGCAGGCUGGUAGGGACCCUCGAAGGGCAGUUGGAGUAGGGGUCGGUGUGGGAGUGGGGGUUGGUGUACCCUCCCCCCUCAAUCCCAUUUCACCCCUUAAAAAACCAUUCUCCAGCAAUGUCAUUGCCCCUCCGAAGUUCCCGCGGGCUGCACCCUUAACCCCCAAAUCCUGGAUGGAAGACAACGCGUUCAGGACAGACAAUGGCAACAAUCUGUUGCCUUUUCAGGACCGGAAUAGGCCCUAUGACACUUUUAACUUGCACUCUUUGGAAAAUUCCUUAAUGGAUAUGAUAAGGACUGAUCAUGAGCCUCUGAAAGGUAAACACUACCCUCCCAGUGGCCCACCAAUGAGUUUCGCUGAUAUAAUGUGGAGGAAUCAUUUUACAGGACGUAUGGGAAUAAACUUUCAUCAUCCAGGAACAGACAAUAUUAUGGCUCUUAAUACCAGGAGCUAUGGGCGGAGAAGAGGUCGGUCUUCACUCUUUCCCUUUGAGGAUGGCUUCCUAGAUGACAGUCAUGGUGAUCAGUCUUUAUCAUCGGGUCUCAGCUCUCCAACACGCUGUCAGAAUGGUGAAAGAGUGGAACGCUAUUCUAGAAAGGUGUUUGUUGGAGGUCUUCCUCCAGACAUUGAUGAAGAUGAGAUCACUGCCAGCUUUCGUAGGUUUGGACCUCUUGUGGUGGACUGGCCUCACAAAGCUGAAAGCAAAUCGUAUUUUCCACCUAAAGGUUAUGCCUUUCUGCUGUUCCAGGAAGAAAGCUCUGUACAAGCUCUGAUAGAUGCCUGUUUAGAAGAAGAUGGGAAACUUUACCUGUGUGUGUCAAGUCCUACAAUCAAGGAUAAACCAGUGCAAAUUCGACCUUGGAACCUAAGUGACAGUGACUUUGUGAUGGAUGGGUCUCAGCCUUUGGAUCCAAGAAAAACUAUCUUUGUUGGAGGAGUUCCACGGCCCCUCCGAGCUGUUGAAUUGGCAAUGAUUAUGGACCGUUUAUAUGGAGGUGUCUGCUAUGCUGGCAUUGAUACAGACCCAGAGCUGAAAUACCCAAAAGGUGCCGGCAGAGUGGCUUUUUCCAAUCAGCAGAGCUAUAUUGCUGCUAUCAGUGCUCGCUUUGUCCAGCUCCAACAUAAUGAUAUUGAUAAACGGGUGGAAGUGAAGCCAUAUGUGCUGGAUGAUCAGAUGUGUGAUGAAUGCCAGGGCACUCGCUGUGGUGGAAAAUUUGCUCCGUUCUUUUGUGCCAACGUUACCUGUUUGCAGUAUUACUGUGAAUACUGCUGGGCAAGCAUACACUCUCGUGCUGGGCGGGAGUUCCACAAACCACUGGUAAAGGAGGGAGGUGACCGGCCCCGCCACGUCCCAUUCCGCUGGAGCUGAACCCCAGGCCUCACCCAGCAACAAGUACUGGAGUAAAUAAAACCGAGUGAAAAGAGAGCGCUGCCUCAGGGCUUAGUGUUCUGGAAAUCUGUGCAUUCGUCCUCGACUUUAAUGAAGAUAUGGGUCUUUUUAUUACUAUUAUUAUUAUUAUUAUUUACAGUCACAUUACUGAACUCAGUGUCCAGUAUAAUACAAACCGGCAGAGUAUAACUGUACUGAUUUUGCACUUUGAUUCACACAAACAUCUGCUUGGUACCUUAAUUUCCUACACAAGACUUGUUACUAGUGACACGUAGACUGCCAUUCUCAUCAGCCUUCACUGGGUUGAUGUGUAUGUGAUGAAGAUUUUUUUUAAUUAUGAUUAUUUUUAUUUUUAAACUGGAGCAUGCACUUAUUUUCAGAAAUUUAGACUUGCCCCUAGCAGAUGACUUACCAAAGGUAAUAUUCACAAGUAGGUGGCAGAUGUAGCAAAAACUUAAAUGGAUAUUCAGCAAUCAUUAGUUUGGGUCAUUUAGAGUAGUAAUAACCCUUAAAGAAAAUAAGCCUUUAGUUGCUCUCCAUUUUGACUUGUAAGGAUGAUACCUCAUAAGCUGGAUCAGACUUUUUUUCUUUUGUUUUGCUGAGGGGUUUUGUUUUGAAUUUUGGUGGGUGGUGUUUUUUUGUUUGUUUUGGUUCUGUUUUGGGUUUUUUUGUUUGUUUUGUUUUGGGUUUUGUUUUGUUUGUUGUUUUUUUUUGUUAGGACUUUUAGUGUUAUGUAAAUGUAUGCUGCAAUAGCUUUUGCUGCUAUUAAAGUGGUAUUACUAAUACUGUAAUACUCUAUUCAGGCUAGGGUAUCAACUAAAAAAUGACUAUGUGAUUAAAAUAGUGAUGGCUGCUGAAAGGAGAUCAGUAUAGCAUACAGAAAAGCUUCCAAGGAAGGUCAAUAUUUUUUGACUGCAUGUUUACUUAAUCAGGUUGCUGCAUGCAAUAAAUUUUAUAUAUGUUUAAUAUAAAACCUGCCCACAAUGCACAAAUUAUGAAUCUACGCAGGCUACAAAAUACUCAGUAACAAACAAAGAAAGAAACUGAUUACUGACUGGAGGAAGGCAUGCCUCAGUAAAUGUAAUGCUUCUGAAAUUAGGAUCAGCCCAUUACAGAAUGACUUAUAUUACAACAAGUAUAAAAACUAGCUGUAGGAUAUUCUUAAAACAAAUUUGUGGAUGGUAGAUGAAGUACUUUGCGGUGCUCUGUUAUAUAUUGUGCAAUUUAUUUUAUAUAGUCAAGUGAUUAAGUCUAGUACUGUGAUCAAACCUAACUGUUAAAGCCUCUGUAUCCAACAUUAACACAUUUUUGACAGUUCAUAACAGGUACAUAAACGGAAAUGAGCUCUUAGUUACAAUCUCCCUCCUAAUGCUUGCAUCAUUUACGUAGCUGCAGACCUUCUCCAGAAAACCAAAGAGCUCAUACUAGCGUACAUACACUACCGAUUUAGAUAGUCUGUCAAACUAAUAAACUAGGCACAUUUAAUGAAAGGUAGGAAAAAGAGUGGUGCUAAAGAAAUGUCUGCAUAUAAAAGUAAAAUGAGAUGUCUGCUCUGUGGAUGUGGCGUUAUCUCUCUAAUACAUGGAUGUAUCCUGUGAAGCUUGAAUACAAUUCAGACCUGCUAACACAGUGGACAUUUUUUUAGCAUGAACUAUGGGGCUGCAGAUAGCAUAUAAAUAUAACACACACUUGGUAUACUAAUGAUUGUGAGAAUGUGUACACUUCUUUUUUUUUUUUCCCUUUUGCCUCCUUUGUUUUUGCAGUUCUGGGGACAAUCUGACUGGAUAUGACACCGCAUAGUAGAUUGAAAUGUUCUGAGUUUUGUUUGUUGUUAUGUCCUCGUUUGUGUCUAAUUCAGUAAGCUAUUUUUUCCCAACGUUUAGUUGCGAGUAUUGGCUUGGAAAGGCUUUUUUUUUUUUUUUUUCUGUUUUUGGAGAAAAAAAAAAAAGGAAAAAAAAAAAAGAAGAAAAAAAUAGUUUUUUACUGGUUUAAAAUGCUUCUUAUAAUUAUCCCUUUUGAAGUUAACUUCUGAGCGUUUUUGUGAUAUCGCUUUUCUGGUUUUGUUAUUGUUGUGGUUCUUUGUUGGUUUUUUUUGGUUGGGUUUUUUUUUUGUGUUUUUUUUUUUUCAUCUGGACAAGACGUUUUGUUAUGCACUACUUUUUGUAUCUAGACAGUUUUCAACAGUCGGCUGAUGAUUUUUUUUAAAGAAAAAGGCAUGCUUUCUGACUGACAUUGAUCUUUUGCAAUACCUCAAUUUUGAAAUAUAGGAAAGAAAAUGAUAUUUUCUAAGUAAGUUUAUUCAAGAAAAAUAUAUAUUAAUUUAAUUCUGCAAGAAAAAAAUGAUUUAACAGAUGGGUAACUUUAUUUUUUUCAUGCUUAUUUGAGUUUUUUUGAAAAUGAAGUUAGAGCUUUAUAACUGUAAUAUUAAAGAUCAUAGCUAACCUACAGAAAUCUACCUAAUUAUGUGAAAGAAGUAAACCUUUUUGAAGAAAUACCCCUCUUUCAUGUAGAAAAAAUACCCCCAGAGAGAAAGAGAGAGAGAGAGAGAGAGAGAGAAGCUGGGAAAAUGUACAAUAUAGCAUAAAGUUGGAUUAAAUCUAAAAGAAAGUCAUCACAAAGAACAGGUGUAAACACAAACUCCAUUUGGUGCUGAAAGUUGUGAAUAGAAGGUGAAAAAAAAAAUAUUUUCCCUUAAUUUGUAUAUUUAUAAUCAAGUGUGAUUUCUGCACGACUGACCAGAAUUGUGAGAGUUCUUCUGUUUGUAUUUUUUUAAAGAGACCUUUUUUUAGUUGUUUAACUUAUGACAUGCUCCCUUUUGUUUUGUAAAUGAACGUGCCCCUGAGUUGUUAAUAUGUUCUAUUAAAAGAGGGUCCUUCAAAAAAAGAAAAAAAAGAAAAAAAAAAAAGUUAAAUAAAUACUAUUUUUUAAAACACGGAGUUCCGAACUGCAACUUGACUAAGAAGCCCCUGGGUACAACAGGUCCUAUUGUGGCCUUUUCUGAUGUGAGACUUGAACUAGUCGAUUUUUUUGAAGGCUAACCUAACCUCGACUAUUUGUUGUUAUGUGCAAUACUGUUUGUACUGUUUGUAUAAAAAAAAAAAAAAAAAAGAAAAAUGAAAAGAAAAAAAAAGGCAUAAAUCUUUAUUGCAGAUUUAUUUUCAUUGCAGACUUUAGACAUUGUGAUUCACUAAAAUCAUUUUUCUACUGUCAAAUAUGUACCUUUUUCUUCAUGCUGGUAUUUUUUCAAUAGUAAUGUAGCCUUUGUACUGAGACAAAUUUUCAUUGUUAUUUUUAGAAAGAUUUUUUGCUAAGAAAAAAAAUUUAAACAUAUUUACAUAUUUUUCAUUUUUAUUUCGUAUUUUCUUUAAGGAGUGCUUUCUCAACCAUUAAUAUAGUUGUUUCUGGGAGAGACUUUCAUAUCUGGUCAAUGUCAUUAAUAUUAUUUUGUAUUUUUACUUGGAAUAAAUUAAUUUUAUGAUGCUAAUUCUUUAAAAGUUUAUUUUUUUCAUUUUCAGUUAUUUUUGAAGCUAAAAAAAAAUCUUUGUAAUAUUGUUACUAAAGUGUCUAGUUUUUUGAAAUGCAAAGCUUUAUGUAUUAACUUGCUGAUGUGGUUUACAAUAGUGUGGCAAUGAUGAAAAAUGGUUGGUUAUGUAAUGUGAUUGGAAAAUUGUAACGAAGAAUUGGGCAAUAAAAUGACAGAAUGAAGCAGAAAAAAAUGUGAUAUUUUGAAAAGCCUUUUCCUUUAUCAAAAUGAUUUAGGGAGAUAAUAGGGAUGUCACAGUACCAGUUCGCUGUCUAGAUUUAUACACCACCAGUGUUGAUGAGAUGCUAUUGCCGUUAUAAGGAACUAAAUCUGUCGAAGCAAUGGGUGUUGACCCUGCCCAUUCAGCAUCAUGCUCCAUUACUUUUCUCAUCAUGGACUCAAUAAACUCCCUUAAAAAUGGUCUUAUAUUGAACCUCCUUGAAAAAAUAAUAUAUAUGUGUAUAUAUUUAGUCUUCAUUGUAUUUUGCCACCAUGUUAUUUAUUUAAUUAAAUUGACCCUUUCCUGCACACCUUCCUUCCUGCGUAUGUUUAUCAGUGGCAGCGUGGAGCAGUCUGGAGGUACCCACAUAAUUUUCUAACCAAGUUACUGCACAGUGUUAAUAGCUGCCUAGUUAAUGCAGAAUCGUGUUAUGUCCACUUCCUGGUAGCAGUGCAUUAACCCAUAUUGCCACCAUGUCUGAACAUCUGUUCAGCUUCUUUGGCCUUCUCCAUUUUUCUCUGCCUCUCUUGUGUCUUUGUUCUUUUUUCCUUUUAUACUGGCAGUACCAAGUGCCAGUAUCAAAACACCUUUCACUUCACGGCCAUUUACAUCACUGUUGUUUCCCUCUGCAGCCAGAAGAAAUCCCUUCCUGAAGCCAGUGACUGACUGUUCUGGCACCUGAAACAAUCCAGACUAAAACUGGUGUUGCGUAAACAGGGCAUACAGUGACUUCCUUUGGACAAAACAGUUACCUCAAGUUGCCGAUGAGCCUUUUAGACUAACUUUAUAAGGCAGAGUGUUGGAGUGGCUCAUCUGUAACCUGGGAACAAGAAUGUGUCCAAAGGUGGUCUAUUGUGUAUCCUCUGUGUGUUCAGUUCUGUAAGUAAUGUAUAGAUUAGAUCAAAUAGUGAAGUAAAAUUUAGACUCAAAUUAGGUACUACUGGUUGGAAUGUACACAAAUUGCAAACAAAGGAGAUUAAGGAAUGAAGAGGGAAUUAAAAAAUUCCUGCUAAGUGGUACAAAGUUUAUGCUUAUAUUUCUGCCUACAUGCUUGUAUUUUAUAGCCUGCUAGCAAGGCAUGGGCUAAAACAAAUAAUAUUGCAAAUAUGCAGUUAGCAAAUAACUUUGCAGAUUUCACUAUCUGUUAGAGUAGUAAAAAAAAAAAAAGAAAAAAAACACAAAAAGAAAAAAAAACACAAAAAAAAGGCACUUAACUGGGAAAAGCUCCCAUGUUAAUAUUUCAGUAUUGUGACAUCUCUACUUGCAAGGUAUGAGUGAAAGAUUAGUCACAGAUUUGUAGAAAUGUCUCUUUUGUUUAAUCUGGCUUGUAUGUAGUUGCUUUUAUGCUAGUUUGUAUGAUGUCAGCUAACCCCUUUUCUUUUCCUUCCUUUCUUUUAAACCAAACUUCUUAAUCUUUGCUGCUAUAGUGUUCUAUCAUACCACAGAGUACUUUAUAUUCAUGUUAGUGACUACUCUAUACCCCAAAUGGCUAGCUGGUCAGAAGUCACGCUGGCCACAUAAUUCUGACACACUCAAAUUUACAUGAGAAAAGGUUUAGCAGUAAGUAGAAAACCAGGGUGCUAAUAAGAGAUAAUUUUUGCUAUUUUUUUCUUCUUUUCCCCUUUUUUAUUAGUUUUGUUUUUAUCCCUCCCCCCCCCCCCCUCCCCCUCCCCUGGAAGUAGUUCUGUUGGGGUAUAAGGUAUUAGAUAUUUGUAAUUUUAAUGUCAAAAUACUGGACAUAACUUUUAGAGCAUUCACAGCUAAGAUCUCUGUACUUGUUUUUCAACUAAUUUUAAAUGUACUGUAUCUUUUAUUACAUGUUCUCUUAGAUUGUUUUUGCUAGUAAUUCUAACAAGGCUUCUUUCUUUUUGGCUUGGACUAAUGCUUGUAUGGAACUGCAGUACUGUGACUAAACAUGGAGCUCAAUGCUGCUAUUGCUUACAACUGCUUAAACUUUGUAGUUUGGACUUUAUUUUUUUCUGUAAUAACUUAUUAAAUAUAGUUGUAUGAAGUA